GUCAUUGUAGUGUGGUCCUGCUGUGAACUGGAAAUAUUCGCAUUUCCCGCAAUCGUAAUCUGAAGAGGCUCAGCGAAGGCGACGAUAUUGCUUUGGAGUUAACAACUGUCAUCAAGUUGACGGUCCGCAAGGCGAGCGUGUGUCGAAGUAACCGAGGAUAGACAACUUACGAUCCAAGAAGAAUGUCGUUGAGUGAACUAGUUUUGAAGACCCUAAUGCCAAGUAACUUUCUCGAUUCGGACGACGAUGAUGCGAAAUCGAUAACGGACAGUGUCUCGGGGCUUAACAAGAAUGAGUUCAAUGUGUUUAAUGAUUACUUCGGACUGAUAAAUCUCGUGCAAAAGUGCAAACAAAACGCCAUUCCGAGUAGCGAGAUGGGCUUUUUCGAAGUCGAUGAGUUCAGCAGAUUUCCUCGGCGCGAUCGGUUCGACAGUAUCGACUCGGAGAAUUCGUCUUCUGGCAGCUGCGAUUCCUUCACAGAUUUGGGAUUGACUGUUGGCGACACCAGUGGCUUUCAACCAUUUCCCAACGCGAGUACAUUUCCUGGUAGUGGCAGUACAUAUCGACGAAGGGCUGAUUCCUUGACAAGCUUGUCUCGUCGCGGGAAGGGAACAACAGCAACGUCAAGUCUCCCUCGUGCUUUUAAUACUCCGUCGGCAAAUCUACCUCAAGUUUGUGUGUUUUGUCGUAACAACGGGGAGCCUGAAGAGCUAUAUUCAUCGCACGUUUUAAAAGGUCCUGAUGGCAAAACAACCUGUCCGAUCUUGCGAGCGUACACAUGCCCUAUCUGUAAAGCAAGUGGGGGUGAUUCUCACACGAUCAAGUACUGCCCUCAAAACCAACAACCUGCGCCAGUAUUUGUGAAUGGAGCACAAGUUACUCGUGUGGGACCACGGCCAAAUCGCACUGUCGGACACAGAAAGACCCGCUGAUGUGAUCCGUCGCUGAUUUUUACAUGACGAAAGUCACAGUGAGGGUAAUAAAGCUUAUAGCAAUAAACUCUUGAGGACUUUUACAACCACAAUAUCGCAUUAUGAUCGCCAGAGCUUAUUGCUGGCUAAGCUUUUUUAUUGAACUCGAGAAUUUUAAGCGAUAAAUGAAAUUUUAAAUCUUGAGAAUAUUUUGAAAUUAUUUAGCCUUUUUUAUAUAUUUAGUUACUGUAAGUAUAACAAUUUGUAGCUCGGAUUUUAGGGCACAACAUGCGGUUUUGUAAAGCAAGUAUAAAGCAUGUAUAAUUGAACAUAUCUUUGAAGUGUUUUGCCUUGGAGGCCUAUAGAGCUUUCCGCUUGUGAAACUAAUUCGAUAUCCGCUCAUUGACUUUUCCAAGAGUCGGCAAUAUUAUUGUAUUUAAAAUUUUUAUAAUAAUUUGAAUGAUACUAGGUACCGUUGUUUUGAAAGUAGAGAGGUAUAUAUACUCUACUAAAAUGACCUACAUUGAAUAUUUGAAAUAUAAGAGUUCGUUAGAUAAUUGGCAAACAUAAGUUUAUUUAUUCACUUCUAAAAUUUCAUAAUGUAAAUUCCUUAGGAUGUCUGCUUUGUGUCAGUAACUUUGAUCGCUUUGAUUUCUCUGCAGUUAUUGAACACGAUCGUUCUGUCUUUUGAAAAAGCGGCUCUUUUGAACAGUGAAAUAAAUAACCAAAAUUUUAUUGUUGCAAACUACAACGAUUUCGAUGAGUUUUUAUGUACAGACUUUGCACCGCACUAAGGAAGUGAAAUAAUAUAUGAUAGAAAUUUUGUAUUGAAGAAUUGUUGUAAACUUUAAAUAUUAAUGUUAGAAUUUUAUUGAUAUCAUGUUUUGUAAAAUAUUGACAAUACUUUUUAUUGAGUUAUGUAGGGGCAAUCUUUAACUGUUUGAACUCUUUUAGAAGACCCAGUUUAACUUUUUAUAAGAGAAUUUAUAUAAGAAAUGAAUUGUUGUUAAACAGGAAAUAAAGGUAAAUUUUGUAAUAUGGUAAAUGCCUUCGCUUUCGUUCAAAUAAAUA